UAAGCCAGUUCGAGUGUCAGUGAAAGUAAAACGCAGCAGCUCCAUUUUGUGUCGAGGGGAAAAUAAACCAUUUCAGGAGUAAAAACACAGGUUUGAUUUAACACACCGAUGUAGGAGUGAAGUAAACGUGUGUCCUGCUGUAAUCUGGAGAAGGAGACAUGACCUCCAACAUGAGUGUGUCUGGAAAACAGGACUUAAAGAAAGACGAGAGAAUGAUGGAGGGAAAGAGAUCAGACUCACCAGAACCCAGCUGUGUGUCCAUGAAGAGUGACCAGUCAAUGGGAUUUCCGCUUAACUUCAGAGACAGAGACAGUUCUACUGAUGUGAGAAUGAUGGAGGGAAAGAGAUCAGACUCACCAGAACCCAGCUGUGUGUCCAUGAAGAGUGACCAGUCAAUGGGAGAUCCAAUUACCUUCGGAGACAGUUCUCCUGAUGUGAGACCACAAAAGAAGAAAUCAAACAUCAGCAGAAAUCAGUUGGAGUCCAUAUUCAAGGAGCUGGAACACAAAGUCAUCACUCUGAUAAAGAAUGAGCUGAAGAGGUUUAGGAAGCUCCUGAGUCCAGAUUACCCAGCAUGCACUGAGAGGGAGGUGGAGGAUGAGGAGGAUCUGCACAGUGUCAGAGAGGGAGCGCUGAAGAUCACACUGCACGUCCUGAAGAACAUGAACCACACAGAUCUCGCUAACACACUGCACAACAAGUCUGUGGCCUCUGUGUAUCAGUCAAAGUUGAAAUCCAGCCUGAAAGAGAAGUUUAAAAGAAUUAAUGAAGGAAUCUCACAGCAUGGAAGCUCAGCACUUCUGAAUGAGAUCUACACAGAGCUCUACAUCACAGAGGGUUGGAGUAGAGACAUCAAUAAUGAACAUGAGGUGAGACAGAUUGAGACAGCAUCCAGGAGACCAGCAACACAGGAGACACCCAUCAAAUGUAAUGACCUCUUUAAAGACAAGUCCAUCAGAACUGUGCUGACUAAAGGAGUUGCUGGAAUUGGAAAAACAGUCUCUGUGCAGAAGUUCAUUCUGGACUGGGCUGAAGGAAAAGCAAAUCAGGACGUCUUCUUCAUGUUUCCACUUCCCUUUAGAGAGCUGAAUUUGAUGAAGCAGGAAAAUCUCAGUCUGAUGAAUCUUCUUCAUCACUUUUUCACAGAAAGGAGAAAUCUAGAAUUAAUAGACUGUGAGUCCUACAACGUGGUGUUGAUCUUUGAUGGUCUGGAUGAGUGUCGACUUCCUCUAAAUUUCCAGAGCAAUGAGAGAUUGUGUGAUGUGACAGAGUCAGCCUCAGUGGAUGUGCUGCUGAUAAACCUCAUCAAGGGGAAUCUGCUUCCCUCUGCUCUCCUCUGGAUAACCUCUCGACCAGGAGCAGCCAAUCAGAUCCCUCCUGAGUGGGUAGACCAGGUAACAGAGGUACGAGGCUUCAGUGAUCCUCAGAAAGAGGAGUACUUCAGGAAGAGGAUCAGUGAUCAGAGCCUGGCCAAUAAAAUCAUCACACACAUGAAGUCUUCAAGAAGCCUCUACAUCAUGUGCCACAUCCCAGUCUUCUGCUGGAUUUCAGCCACUGUUCUAGAGAGAAUGUUGGGUGAAGCAGAGAGUGGAGAGAUCCCCAAGACUCUGACUCAAAUGUUCACACACUUCCUGAUCUUUCAGAUCAAACACAAGGACCAAAAGUACCAUCAGAAAUGUGACCCUGAUCCUCAGCAGACCAGAGAGAGUAUCCUGGCACUGGGAAAACUGGCUUUUGAACAGCUGGAGAAAGGAAACCUGAUCUUCUAUGAGGAAGACCUGAGAGAGUGUGGCAUUGAUGUCAGAGAAGUGUCAGUGUACUCAGGAGUUUGUACCCAAAUCUUCAGAGACGAGUUUGGGCUUCACCUGGGAAAGGUGUUCAGCUUUGUACAUCUGAGUGUUCAGGAGUUUAUGGCUGCUUUAUAUGUAUUUUUGUCUUUCAUCUUUAAAAAAAGCAAUGUGUUAAUGGAGCAAAGCCCUAGCAUUCUGCAUCUCUACAAAAAGUCAAACAUGUCUGAUUUCCUCAGGAGUGCAGUGGACAAAGCCUUACAGAGUGAGAAUGGACACCUGGACCUGUUCCUCCGCUUCCUUCUGGGUCUCUCCCUGGAGUCCAAUCAGACUCUCUUACAAGGCUUAAUGCCACAGACAGGAAGCAGCUCUCACAGCAAACAGGAAACAGUCAAGUACAUCAAGGAGAAGAUCAGGGAGAAUCCAUCUCCAGAGAAAUCCAUCAAUCUGUUCCACUGUCUGAAUGAACUGAAUGAUCAUUCUCUAGUGCAGGAAAUACAAACUUACCUCAACAGAGGAGAUGACCGUUGCCUCUAUGGGGCCAGACUCUCUCCUGCUCAGUGGUCAGCUCUGGUGUUUGUGUUACUGAACUCAGAACAGGAGCUGGAUGUGUUUGAUUUGAGAAAAUAUGACCGAUCAGAGGAAUGUCUUCUGAGGCUGCUGCCAGUGGUCAAAGCCACCAGAAAAGCUGAGCUGCGUGUGUGUAAUCUGACAGAGGAAAGCUGUAGAGUUCUGUCCUCAGUUCUCAGCUCAAACUCCUCCAGUCUGAGAGAACUGGACCUGAGUGGAAAUGAACUGCAGGAUUCAGGAGUGAAGCUGCUCUCUGCUGGACUGGAGAAUCCACACUGUACACUGGAGAUACUGGGCCUGCGUGAGUGUAAUCUGACAGAGGAAAGCUGUAGAGUUCUGUCCUCAGUUCUCAGCUCAAACUCCUCCAGUCUGAGAGAACUGGACCUGACUAACAAUAAACUGCAGGAUUCAGGAGUGAAGCUGCUCUCUGCUGGACUGGAGCAUCCACACUGUACACUGGAGAUACUGAGGCUGUGGAAGUGUAAUCUGACAGAAGAAAGCUGUAGAGUUCUGUCCUCAGUUCUCAGCUCAAACUCCUCCAGUCUGAGAGAACUGGACCUGAGUGUCAAUAAACUGCAGGAUUCAGGAGUGAAGCUGCUCUCUGCUGGACUGGAGAAUCCACACUGUACACUGGAGACACUGGAGAUGCGUUACUGCCGUAUUAGAGAUGAGGGGUGUGCUGCUCUGGCUUCAGCUCUGAGGUCAAACUUCUCAUCACACCUGAGAGAACUGGAUCUGAACGGUAAUAAUCCAGGAGAAUCAGGAGUGAAGCUGCUCUCUGAUCUACUGAAGGAUCCACACUGUAAACUGGAGACACUACAGUGAGUUACUGACUUACUGCCUCUUUAUUGUACUGUAUGAUAUUUAAUAUUCACUGUAUACUGCAUUAUCUUGUCACUUUUACUAUGU